AUGUCUCCUCACGCUAUACCCCCCACUAGAGAUCAUAUCUCUCAGGAGAAAGCUUUUCUAGACAAGUUCGCCGUCACGAAGAAUGGCUUUUUGCCAGCCGAAGCCCCCCUCCGGUUUCUACCCGAUCCAUAUUAUGCACCAUGGGAAAAGAUAGUUCACCACCUCCCCGAGUUGCUAAGUUCCGGCACGUUCCAUGAGAAGGUGGACGGAUUGCCCGUACUGGAAAUAGAUAGGCUUGCCAACGAGGCGGAAUGGAGACGGGCCUAUGUGAUUCUCACUUUUUUAACCCACGCCUUUGUAUGGGGAGGAGACAGAGCAAGGGAGCGGCUGCCCCCUGCCAUCUCGAUUCCUCUCCUGCGCGUGUCCAGCCGCCUGGAAUUACCUCCCGUGGCGACCUACGCGGCCCUGAACCUAUGGAACUUUUCCAGCUCGAACCCCAACAUGGACUUCACGGACCUCGGACGCCUCGAAUCUCUCCACACGUUCACCGGCACUCGGGACGAGGCCUGGUUCUACCUUGUAUCGGUGGCCAUGGAAGCCGAAGGCGCCCAUAUCGUGUCAUCCAUGCUCGAAGCCCUCGAGGCCAUCAAGUCCCGAGAUUACGACACCAUCAUCGCGUCGCUCGAGGUAUUGACGGGAAGCAUUCGCAAGAUCGGUGCCCUACUAGAGCGGAUGUACGAGGGCUGCGACCCCAUGGUGUUCUUCUACCAAAUCCGGCCGUUCCUCGCAGGGAGCAAGAACAUGGCGGCAGCUGGUUUGCCCAAGGGCGUGUUCUACGACGAAGGCGACGGACGGGGUUCUUGGCGACAACUCCGCGGCGGGAGCAACGGGCAGAGUUCCCUGAUCCAGUUUCUCGAUAUUGUCCUCGGGGUCGAGCAUGCGUCACAUGGAAACGCCAACAACGCCAACAACGCCAACGACGCCGACGCGCCGGGGAACAACAGCACGAAGGUCACGGCCGGUCCAGGUCUGCAGAAGCCGACCGAGCCGACUUUUCAUCAACAAGUGAGAGAAUACAUGCCCGGACCGCAUCGCCGGUUCCUCGAACAUGUCACCAGACUGGGGAGCAUCCGGGAGCUUUCCAUGCUACCGCACAAGACGCCGGAACAAGACAGACUCCGGGAGACCUACCAGGGAGCCAUCCACGCCUUGACCGAGUUCAGGAAUAAACACCUGCAAAUCGUUACGCGGUAUAUCGUUCUGCCGUCUAAACGGGCCGCCUGCAAUGGUGGGAAGAAGAUGGAAGGGAAGGUAGACCUGGCCAGCGCGUCAGAAUCAUGCAGAGACUCGCAGCAGCUGACAGGGACGGGCGGGACGUCUCUGAUGCCUUUUCUGAAGCAGACACGGGACGAGACAUCACAGGCGGCGGAGUGGGAUAGGGGGAGGUGCAUAUAG